ACACAGAACUCUGAAACUUUGAAUUCUCGAGAAGAUUAUGUCCACAGAAGAAGCCGUCGUGUAUCCCACUUAUGUGAUACUUGGCUCUGGUGGCCACACGGCCGAGAUGUGCAGGAUCACCAAGGCCCUGCUCCAGCAGCAGCGGGCAAAAGACAGCGACAAGUACCAGCCAAUUCGCUUUGUCGCUGCCAACAAUGAUGAGACCUCGGAUCGUCAACUGCUCGCCGUUCUGGGUGACUCCGGCACUGAUAGCCUCCUACGUGUGCCACGGAGUCGCAACGUAGGCCAAAGCUGGCUAAGCAGCGUCUUCACCAUCAUCUACGCGCUGCUCUGGAGCUGCUGGCUCAUCUGGCGCGACCGGCCGCAGCUGGUGCUCUGCAAUGGUCCCGGCACCUGUGUGCCCUACUGCUAUGCUGCCUACAUGUGGCGUCUGCUCGGCCGCCUGCCCGCCCACAGUCGCAUUGUGUUCGUGGAGAGCUUCUGCCGCGUGGAGACGCUCUCGCUAAGCGGUCGUCUGCUGCUGCCGCUGGUGGACAUGUUCGUGGUGCAUUGGCCCGCACUGACCAAACGCUACGAGGAUCGCCCCAAUCUCCGCUACUUCGGAAGACUCUUUUAGCUUGUGGUUUCUUCUUCUGGCUUGUGUGGCUUGUUGCUUUAAUUGAGGUACGUCGGAACAUAACAAAAAUGCUUCUGGGGAUGAAUAAAACAGAAAUGAUCG